ACUGCUAAUGAUGUCCUGGCUAUGCAGAGUAAUUAACAUCUCUUUCUGUAUUUGAACAUUCAGGCAGCGUGCCCCGCCAGACACCGCUGUGCUCACAUCCGGCCCCUCGGGAGCUCCUGCCCUGUUGCUAAUUGUGGAGAGCUGUCCAGAGUCCUUGUCCACGCGAUCCUGCCGUGCUCUCUCCUGCCCUGCUCCCUCCUGCCCUGCUCCCAGGGUGCUGUUCCUGCUCUGAUGCCAGCUCACAGCACAGCGCUGAGCAGCAGCCACCGGCAGAGAGAGUGAGGCCAAUGCUGGGCACAGAAUUAUAAAGUCACAGCCAAAGGCUCUGAAACCACGAGUGAGGAAUCUGAGCUAACCCAAAAGCAGACUCGUCGUGUCUCCAGACAGGACCAAGCUCCAGCUGGAUGCCUGGGAAGCACAGAGCCUUCUGCCAGCUGGAGUUCGAGUGGAUGCUGAUGGAGUGACGUGAGCUGCUCCUGCCAGGCUUGGUGUGCUCCCAGUGCUCCUGCAGACACCUCCUAGCAUGGUCCCCGUGCCAGGCUGCUCCGCGGGUGCCAGCAGUGCCCGCCCGGCUCCAGGGACACCAGGCUGACCCCACACCCCUGGCACCGCACCCGCCGAGCAGGAACCGUCUGGGUGCUUCUGGAGCAGCUGGUCGAUAGAUCUGCUCUUGGAAAGGCUGGCACAGCCUCAGACAGGACGAUCUGCUGUUUACCAAGCAACACUCUGCUGCUUUGGACACCUCUUCCUCUGCCUGCAUGCUUACGAAGAGUCAGUGCUGGGCUUUAAAUGCAGCUCAGCCCAACUCAGCUGCUGUAUAUGAGUUUCUUCUGUGUUAAAGUUGGGCCAGAACCAGUUUCAAGGCAGCUGAAAGAAGAACCGACCUCCCUUCCUCCAGCGUGUCGGGAUCUUUCCAGCAGCCCAUGCCGCAGCACCUCGCCCGUCCCCCCCGAGCUGCCCAUGCCACUGGCCUGGACCUAACCUAGGCUGGGUGUCGGCUUGGCCGGGCAGGGGCACCAUGGGGAGCUCUGCCUCAUCGCUGGCCGCGGAGACGGAGUCGGACCAUGGCUUCGGUAGCACCCCCUACCCGGGGCACCCGGCCGUGGGCUGGUAUAGGAGCAGCCACGGCGGCCCCGUGUGGGAGAGUGCCCUUAUAACGCGGCAGCAGCAGCACCUCCAGCACCGGGUGCGAAGCCACUCCCACUCUCCCGGCUCCAUGGCUGCCGUCCGUGAGUGGUCCUGCACCCGCUGCACCUUCCUGAACCCCGUGGGCCAGCGGCAGUGCUCCAUCUGCGAAGCCCCUCGGCAGAAACCCGACCUCAACCACAUCCUGCGGCUCAGCGUGGAGGAACAGAAAUGGGCCUGUGCCCGCUGCACCUUCAGGAACUUUCUGGGCAAGGAGACGUGCGAGGUGUGUGGCUUCACCCCGGAGCCAGGGCCCAGCGGCUCCCCCUUGCCCGUCAUCAACGGCAUCUUGCCCAAGCCCGCUGUGCUCGUGGAGCCCAAGGGCACGUCCAAGGAGGAGGCUGCCAAGGCGGAAAGCGGCAGCGAGGACUCGGAGGGGAAGAGCCCCGACGAAGCGGAGCUGGAGAGCGGCUGGGCCUGCCAGCGCUGCACGCUGCACAACACGCCCGUGGCCAACUCCUGCUCCGCCUGCGGGGGCCCACGCAAGCUCUCCCUGCCCAAGAUCCCCCCAGAGGCGCUGGUCGUCCCUGAAGUCAUCACCCCGGCCGGGUUUCACAUGGCCCCCUCCACCCCGCAGCCUUCGGUCUCUGCAGAGGUCUCCGAUGGUGACGCCGCAGCCGCCCAGGGCCCCGUGGCUAUGGAGCAGGAGGCACAGAAGAUACCAGCCUUCAGCCCCUUCUCCCCGGGGCUCCAGAACAACCCCGUGCCCCGAAGCCGGCGGGAGGUGCCCCCCCAGCUGCAGAUGCCUGGCCCCGAAGCCCCCCAGCCUGCGGCCCCGAGCGCCGCGGGGCAGAAGGGCUCUCCCCAGGGCCAGGCCAGGGCUGCCCCCGCCGCCCGCUUCCCGGAGCUGCUGUCCAACAAGCGACUGAGCGUGCUGGAGGAGGAGAUGGAGGUCAGCCCGUCCCACUGGAAGUGCAGCUCCUGCUCCCUGCUCAACUCCGCCGGGGCCGGCAAGUGCGAGGUUUGCAGCGCCCAGAAAGGCAGCGACACCAUCAACGUGGUGGGCGACUCGGUGAGGUUCACCCCGUGCAGCCCCUCCAGCCCCGACUUCACCACCUGGUCCUGCUCCAAGUGCACCCUCAAGAACCCCACCCAGGCCCAGAAGUGCAAGGUGUGCGGCUCUUCCAAGCUGCACGGCUUCCAGGAGCACGGCCCGCCGAGCGAGCCGGCCCCGCGCUGCCCCGACUGCGGCGACAGGGGCGGCUGUUCCUGCGGCUCCAAAGCCCCGUCUGCCCGCAAGGUCGCCCGGCUCUUCCCGGCCCCGCUGCCCGGCGGGCAGGACAGGCCGGGCCAGUGGGCCUGUCCCGCCUGCACCCUGCUCAACGAGGGCAAGGCCAAGCACUGCGCGGCCUGCCACACCCCCCAGCAGUACAUCACCCAGCGCAAGGGCCUCAAGCCCCUCAAGAGGAGGGAGAGCAUGCACGUGGAGAAGAGGCGCCAGACGGACGAGGGGGAGGCCAAAGCCCUGUGGGAAAACAUCGUGACCUUCUGCCGGGAGAACAAAGUGAAUUUUGUCGAUGACAGUUUCCCCCCCGGGCCCAAGUCCGUGGGGUUCCCAGAAGGUGACAGCGUGCAGCAGCGGGUCAAGCAGUGGCUGCGGCCCCACGAAAUCAACUGUAGCAUCUUCAAGGACCGGUCGGUGAAGUGGUCGGUGUUCCGGACGCCCAGGCCCUCGGACAUCCUGCAGGGCCUGCUGGGGAACUGCUGGUUCCUGAGCGCCCUGGCCGUGCUGGCCGAGCGGCCCGAGCUGGUGGAGAGGGUGAUGAUCACCAGGACUCUGUGCUCCGAGGGCGCCUACCAGGUGCGGCUGUGCAAGGACGGCACCUGGACCACGGUGCUGGUGGAUGACAUGCUGCCCUGUGACGAGUGCGGAUACCUGCUCUUCUCCCAGGCCCAGAGGAAGCAGCUGUGGGUCGCCCUCAUCGAGAAGGCGCUGGCCAAGCUGCACGGUUCGUACUUCGCCCUCCAGGCCGGGCGUGCCAUCGAGGGCCUGGCCACGCUCACGGGGGCUCCCUGCGAGAGCCUGAUGCUGCAGGUCAGCUCCACUAACCCUCGUGAGGAGCCCAUUGACACUGACCUCAUCUGGGCCAAAAUGCUGAGUUCUAAGGAGGCUGGGUUCCUCAUGGGCGCGUCCUGUGGCGGAGGCAACAUGAAGGUGGAUGACGUGGCCUACGAGAGCAUGGGGCUGCGGCCUCGGCACGCCUACUCCAUCCUGGACGUGAGGGACGUCCAGGGCUUCAGGUUACUGCGGCUCCGGAAUCCCUGGGGCCGCUUCUCCUGGAACGGCAGCUGGUCCGACGAGUGGCCGCACUGGCCGGCGCCCCUGCGCCACGACCUGAUGCCCCACGGCAGCAGCGAGGGCGUCUUCUGGAUGGAGUACAGCGACUUCAUCAAGUAUUUUGACUCCGUGGAUAUCUGCAAGCUCCAUUCAGACUGGCAUGAGGUGCGUGUGCAGGGCAUGUUCCCCAACAAGGCCAGCGGGCCGGUGACAGUGACGUCGCUGACAGUGUUGGAACGUGCAGCCCUGGAGUUUGCCCUCUUCCAGGAGGGCAGCAGGCGGUCAGACACGGUGGACAGCCACCUGCUGGAUCUGUGCAUCAUGGUUUUCCGGGCCACCUUCACCAGUGGGAACAAGCUGAGCCUGGGCCGGCUCAUGGCCCACAGCAAACGAGCGGUCAAGAAGUUCGUCAACUGCGACGUGAUGCUGGAGCCGGGCGAGUACGCCGUGGUGUGCUGUGCCUUCAACCACUGGAGCGCUGCCCUGGCUGGCCCUGCCACCCAGGCUUCCAGUCCCACCAGCAGCCGACCGGCCACUGAUUAUUCCAGCUACAUCCUGGCCAUCUACAGCUCCCGCCUGGUGAUGGUGGAGCAGGUGGAGGCACAGCCCACCACGCUGGCAGAUGCCAUCAUCCUGCUGACUGAGAACAAGGGCGAGCGCCACGAGGGCCGUGAAGGGAUGACCUGCUACUACCUGACACAUGGCUGGGCAGGGCUCAUCGUGGUGGUGGAGAACCGGCACCCCAAGUCCUACCUGCACGUCCAGUGCGACUGCACCGACAGCUUCAACGUGGUGUCCACGCGCGGCAGCCUCAAGACACAGGACAGCGUCCCCCCCCUGCACAGGCAGGUGCUGGUGAUCCUGUCCCAGCUGGAGGGUAAUGCCGGGUUCUCCAUCACGCACCGCCUGGCACACCGCAAAGCCACCCAGGCCUUCCUCAAUGACUGGAUGCUGACCAAGGGCACCCACAACCCGCACCUCACGCCCGAGGUGGCGGGGCUGCACGGCCCCCGGCCCCUAUGACAAAGCGCCUCCCCCUCCUCCCCCGGCUCCCCCGUCACUGUCCCUGAGCCCCUGGCCCGGGUGCCCCCCCGAGCCGGCAGUGCUGAGCCAGGGGCAGAGCUGGGGGGUCCCUCCCAGCACUUUGUCCCCCCAGCUCU